AUGGCUGAGGGGAGCUUCAGGGGAGCGGAGACAGCGCCGGGAGAGCCGCGACCCCGCAGCCCCCUUAAAGCGCCGCCGCCGCCGCCCGGACACACCGAGCCGCUGGCGGGGCUGCCGGCCGGCCGCGGGCGGCGCCGCGUCUCCUGCCCGCCGCGGGGCCUGAGGCGCCGCCGGUCGCGGCCGAGCCCGGGGAGCGCGCCCGGGUCUCCCGCCCACCGCGUGCGGCCGCUCAACGCUCUUCCCGGCCCGCCCAGCGAGCGCCACGAGCAAGCCCGGAAACGCCGCGCUGCCGGCCGGGCAGCCCCAGAGCCCGCGGGCGGGAAACGCGCCCGGCCCGGCCCGGCCCGGCCCGGGAGAGCGCCGGGAAAGCCGCGGCGCCGCCGGGCCCCCGCCCCACGCAGCAAUGGCCGCCCCCCACAGGGCACGGCCGGCGCCGCCGGGCCCCAGCCCCACGCAGCAAUGGCCGCCCCGCCCGCGCCGACAUCUUUCUUUUGGGCCGUUUCCUUCCUGUGUCACCCCAGCUCCUCCCCUCCCCUGCCCCGGGGCGGCGGGCGCGUUUUUGCAGCUGUUGUAACCUGGGGGCUGUGCAGAGCCCCCCCGCCAACCUCUCUGGCCAUGCGCAGCGCCGCGCACGCCCUGCCUGCUGCUCCCGGCCGCCGAGGGCACCCAGCCUCCCAGCCCCCGCGCCCCGCCGCGAAGCCCCACUGA